AUGUAUCGCAAUUCCGCACACAUCAACUACCUAUCUAAACCCUCGCUCCCCUCACCCGAGCACACAGGCGACUCGGACUCAGAACUGCUCGAUGCACUCGAAAGGAAAAGGAAGCAGCUAGACGACGAAAUUUCAAAGUUCAAAGCAAUCAAGGAGAAAGAGUUCCGCGAUUUCGAGAAUGAUUUGAGGACGAGGUGUAAAAGAAAGAGGUCGCGCGGUUCAAGUACAUCGUCGGAACCAUCGCCACCAGGUAAACACACAAGCACAGCAGCAUCACAUACUUCGGUGUUAUAUUUGCUUGCAUCCGCACACAACGGAUCGGCAAAUGGCAAGAUUACUCCAAAGAUAAAGAAGGGGGCUGAAUAUGUCGUGGGAGACAAAAUCACACGGCCUGCACCUCUCAGCAAGCCCACCUUGUCGCUCGAUAGGCUCAAUAUUAGUGGUGAGACAACACCGCCCACAAAUACUUUGGGAACUCCUCCCACGCCAACGGGGCUUCCCCGCGCCACUGUAUGCCGGUCGCCAUCUUCAUCGACGACGAGAUUGACGACACCACCACGCUCAAAUAGCGAGACUCCAGCUCUUACGACACCCACGCUUGACCGCUUUGACUCUUUCGCAGGGGUUUUCACCCCCGCAUAUCUACCACUCUUAGAGUCCCGUGACCAUACGCCUGUCACACGAACCCCACAACCACUAUCUUCACCUGAGGAAGCCGAUGCGAAACAAUUACAAUCAAUCAAUGCAGAUUCGAAACGUACCGCCGAGCAACAGCCCGUUAAGUCACAAUCGCUGCCGAGGCAGCCGGUAUCGCCUACAGUAGUAGCAACAAAACGGACGCAUUCGUCCCCACUAUUACCGAGCACGAGCCUUCCAAGUGCACUUAGAAAUAGCAACGGAAAAAUCAGAAACGGCUCUGAUAGUGGUCAGAGCGCGAUUCGCAAGCGGAAACAAGUCACAUUCCAGCUUGCUGAUUCGGCCAUUGUCAUCCCUAGCAGUUCCUACCAGGAACUCCCAAGUCCGGAGCCGAAAAGUGCUGGAACACCCGCCAGGGAGGUUAUCAUUCUGAAGAACGGCGAGGAGGAUGACGGCGUUGAAGGUUCGAAUUCCUUUGCAAUUGGGAGUCACGGAAGUCCCAACCGACAGGCUGUGGAAAAUAAAAGCAAUGACGACAAUACCCUUAGUCCGAAUAUUUCUGGUCAGCGCAAGAAUCGCUUACGUUCACCCGCCAUAUCGCCUCUGCCCUCGCCAUCACCAUCACCGACGAUCAAUGGGAUCGUUGCAUCAGCUGAUGAGUCUGGAUUCUCCGGUGGCCUUGCUGCGUCCGUCGACGGUGGCAGUGGUGUGGGCUUCUUUGAGCUCGAUGAAGAGCUAGCCAGUCCUGCAUUUGCGGAGGAUCGCUCUUUCGAAUUUUCAAAGGUUGAAGGACAAGAUGAAGCCAAGGUCGACGAGGACUUUUUCCUCGACGAGAAGAAAGCCGAGGUCGCUCUUACCGGUGACGAAGUUCAAGUUGGGAGCUUUGCGGCAGGCAGCGUGCCAAUUAAUAUCAACCGACACCCAACAGGAAGUUGGAUUGGUAGUUAUGGCCACUGA